AUGCUGCUCCGACCAUCCUGUACCCGCACUGCUCAACCGCUGAGCUGGAUCUCGCGGUCUCGUCCUACUGCUAUCAUGCCUCUCCGCGCCCGUAUCAACAACCCCUCCUUCGCCGACAUGGCUGGGAAACCCGAAGACGACCCCAACGAUGUCCUUUUUAGCUCACAAUAUGGUGUUCGUACUAUCGAGCUCAACCGCCCCAAGAAGCUCAACUCCCUCAAUGGCUCCAUGGCCAACAAGAUUCUACCACGUCUGAAGGAAUGGCAAAAGUCUCAACUUGCAAACGUUAUCGUUCUCAAGGGCGCCGGUAGAGCUCUUUGUGCUGGCGGUGAUGUUGCCGCUCUGGCCAUAGACAACCAAACUGGUCCCGAGGGUCAACAGCGUUCAAAAGACUACUUUGCUCUCGAAUACAAGCUUGAUUACACCAUUGCGACUUACCCCAAGCCCUACGUUGCCUUCAUGGACGGCAUCACCAUGGGUGGUGGUGUUGGCCUCAGUGUCCAUGCUCCUUUCCGUAUCGCUACUGAGAAAACCGUCUUCGCCAUGCCCGAAACCACUAUUGGCUUUUUCCCUGACGUCGGCGCCAGCUUCUUCUUGCCUCGCAUGGACGGUGCCGUGGGCACUUACCUCGCUCUUACCAGUGAACAGGUCAAGGGCGUCAAUGUCUUCUUGUCAGGAAUCGCUACCCACUACCUCGACAGCAGUUCGCUUCCUGAUCUCGAGGCUCGUCUUGCCGAGCUCAACUUUGGCGAUGACGUUUCGUACAACAACCGCCUGAGCAUCAUCAACGACACCAUCGAGGAGUUCACUACCGGCAUGCCUCACGACGCACCCCCGCAUUUCUCGACCAAUGUUCGCAUUGCUAUUGAUUACUGUUUCCAAGAGGUUCACAACAUUGACCAGAUCAUGGAAGCUUUGCAACAAACUGAGGAAACCUCACCUCCAGAGGUUCAGAAGUGGGCUGCAAAGACUCGCGAAACCAUUGCACAGCGCAGUCCGACCAGCAUCAAGGUCACUCUCUCCCAACUGAGGAGAGGCGCGCAAUGGAACAUUGCUCAGACCUUCCAAAAUGAGCACAACAUUGCCUCCAAGUUCAUGGAGCACCCUGACUUCGUCGAGGGUGUUUCGGCACGCCUGAUCCGCAAGCCUGCUGGAAAGCCUCAGUGGUCAAAGACUACUUUUGACGAGGUGUCAGAGAGCGAGGUCAACUCGUUCUUCGCUGAUGAGCUCAAGCUCGAACUUCCCAACACUGGCGAUGACUCGUCUUACACUGACUACCCUCAUGCUUGGACCGGACUGCCGCGGGAAGCUGAAAUUGAGGCUUUCGUCAAGGGCAACCCUAGAAACAAUGCUGAGGCUGUUGUCGACUACUUCGUGAGAACGAAACGUGGAAAGAUGGGUGUCAGAGAAAAGGUCGAGGAAGUGCUCAACAGGAGGACAAGCCCUGCCGACAACAAGAGAGGUUUCUCAUGGAACUGA